GCCCUCAGGUUAUUCGUCAGUUUAGAAUCCUGUGAUGAGAGUUUUAGUAAUGGCGUGGCCGUGGCAGGGGGCAGCUGCUCUCUGCCCUUGUCCAGCAUCAGAAAACCACCUGUAAACAUCGACGAGGAGCUUCUCAGCGAGUAAAUAAAGUAAUUUAACGGACGUUAUAAUGUAACCGGACAGAGUAAAUCUCCGCUGAGAGCCUGCUCUUAACAAACUGUGUGAAAGUAUUGGAUUUUCGCUGGAAGCGCUUUGCCAUGUCGUUACUGUGUGUCAGAGUGAAGAAAGCCAAGCUCCAGGGACCUCCAGACAAAUUCAACACCUACGUAACGCUGAAGGUGCAGAAUGUCAAAAGCACAACUAUCACUGUGCGGGGGGACCAGCCCUGCUGGGAACAGGAUUUUAUGUUUGAGAUCAACCGGCUGGACCUUGGCCUCAUUGUUGAGGUGUGGAACAAAGGCCUCAUCUGGGAUACCAUGGUGGGGACUGCCUGGAUUCCUCUUAAGAGUGUCCGACAGUCGGAGGAGGAGGGCUCAGGUGAGUGGAUUUUCCUGGAUGCAGAGGUUCUGAUGAAGGCGGAUGAGAUAUAUGGCACCAAGAACCCAACACCGCAUCGAGUCCUGCUGGAUACUCGCUUCGAGCUGCCUUUUGACAUCCCAGAUGAUGAGGCACAGUACUGGACAGGCAAGCUGGAGCGCAUCAAUACCAUGAGAAUCCAUGAUGAGUACCCUCUUCAGGAUGACGUUCAGAGUCGCCCACUUCCAUUUGCAGCUUCCCAGUGCUCUCUAGAUGACCAGGACAGUGCUGUAGAUGACCGGGACAGUGACUACCGCAGUGAAACGAGUAAUAGUCUGCCUCCACGUUACCACACAACGGCUCAGCCCAACUCUUCCAUGCACCAGUACCCCAUGGGGCCUCGGCUACAGCACCACCCAGACUCCUGCACAGACUCAGUCCACAGUUUUGACCUGGACUACAGAGACCAGAGAGGAAGCAGUCCAGUGGAAAGUAGUCGUUUUGGGUCAUCAGGAAACCUGAGCCAGACCAGCUCCCAGCUUAGUGAGACUGGCCAGGAGAGCACUGGAGGGUCAGAACUGGAGGAGUCAUUCCACUCCUAUCACAGUACUGGCUUUCACCCUUCCAACAAUGGGCAGCCACGCACAAAUGGACAUCUUCCCACCAAUGGACACUCUACGGUUGGUGAGCAGGAGAUACAUAGGCUUUCCCCUGAAGUAGGACGGGGCCUGAAAAAUGACACCCCAGCAGAAAGAGGGUCCUCUAAACUCCAAAGGUUCCACGAUGACGGGCCACCGUUACCCUUUACUCCAUCCAGAGUACGUUGGUUGAAGGCCAUCAAUAAAGUCAGGGUUCAGCUCCGGGAGGUUCAUGAUGAAGAACCCAACGUCAGACAGGCCUGGGUCAAACCAGGUGGCGGAUCUGGUCUGUAUGGAAUUGACAGUAUGCCAGACCUGCGUAAAAAGAAGCCAAUCCCCUUGGUCAGCGACGUGUCCCUUGUCCAAGCCAGGAAGGCAGGGAUUGCAUCUGCUAUGGCUGCACGGUCCUCAAUCAAGGAUGAGGAGCUGAAAAACCAUGUGUACAAGAAGACCCUGCAGGCCCUCAUCUACCCUAUAUCUUGCACUACGCCACAUAACUUUGAAGUGUGGACUGCCACUACACCCACAUACUGCUAUGAGUGUGAGGGACUGCUGUGGGGGAUUGCCCGCCAAGGCAUGCGUUGCUCUGAGUGUGGUGUAAAGUGCCAUGAGAAGUGCCAAGAGCUGCUGAAUGCUGACUGUCUACAACGUGCUGCGGAGAAGAGCUCUAAGCAUGGAGCUGAAGACAGGACUCAGAAUAUUAUCAUGGCCAUGAAGGACAGGAUGAAGAUCCGGGAGAGGAACAAACCAGAAAUCUUUGAACUUAUCAGGGAAGUGUUUGUCAUCAGCAAAGCCAUCCACGCGCAGCAGAUGAAGACCAUCAAGCAGAGUGUAUUGGAUGGGACCUCAAAGUGGUCAGCAAAGAUCACCAUCACAGUCGUUUGUGCCCAAGGACUUCAAGCGAAGGACAAGACGGGAUCCAGUGAUCCGUAUGUCACUGUUCAGGUGGGCAAGACCAAGAAGAGAACCAAGACCAUUUAUGGCAACCUCAAUCCUGUCUGGGAGGAGAAGUUCCACUUUGAGUGCCACAAUUCCUCAGACCGAAUUAAAGUGCGUGUGUGGGAUGAAGAUGACGACAUCAAGUCGAGGGUGAAGCAGCGUCUCAAGAGGGAAUCUGAUGAUUUCCUUGGCCAGAGUAUUAUUGAAGUUCGAACACUGAGUGGAGAAAUGGACGUCUGGUACAACCUGGAGAAGAGGACGGACAAGUCAGCCGUGUCAGGUGCCAUUCGCCUCCAAAUCAACGUGGAGAUCAAGGGAGAGGAGAAAGUGGCGCCAUAUCAUGUGCAGUACACAUGUUUACAUGAGAACCUGUUCCACCAUUCGACUGAUGUGCUUGGCCAAGGUGUAGUGAAAAUCCCAGAGGCUCGUGGAGAUGAUGGGUGGAAAGUCUACUUUGACGAUGUGGCACAAGAAAUAGUAGAUGAGUUUGCCAUGCGCUACGGGAUUGAGUCAAUCUAUCAGGCCAUGACGCACUUUGCCUGUCUGUCAUCUAAGUACAUGUGUCCUGGAGUUCCUGCAGUGAUGAGCACCCUGCUGGCCAAUAUCAAUGCCUUCUACGCCCACACAACUGCCUCCACCAACGUGUCCGCCUCCGACCGCUUCGCUGCCUCCAAUUUUGGGAAAGAACGCUUUGUCAAGCUCUUAGACCAGUUACACAACUCCUUGCGCAUUGACCUCUCAACUUACAGGAACCACUUCCCUGCCAGCAGCAAAGACCGCCUGCAGGAUUUGAAAUCCACUGUGGAUCUUCUAACCAGCAUCACUUUCUUCAGGAUGAAGGUCCAGGAGUUACAGUCUCCACCCAGAGCCAGCCAGGUUGUGAGGGACUGUGUCAAGGCCUGUCUCAAUUCUACAUACGACUACAUCUUCAAUAACUGCCAUGAGCUGUACAACAGACAGUACCAACCUGUGGACACAAACAAGGAGGAGCUCCCUCUGGAAGAGCAGGGUCCAAGCAUCAAGAACUUGGACUUCUGGCCCAAACUCAUCAUGCUCAUUGUUUCAAUCAUUGAAGAGGAUAGAAACUCCUACACACCUGUGCUCAACCAGUUCCCUCAAGAACUGAAUGUAGGGAAGGUGUCAGCAGAGGUCAUGUGGACAUUGUUUGCUCAAGACAUGAAGUAUGCUAUGGAAGAACAUGAGAAGCACAGACUGUGUAAGAGCACAGACUACAUGAACCUUCACUUUAAGGUCAAGUGGCUCUACAAUGAAUAUGUCAAGGAGCUGCCAAGUGUCAAGGGUGUUGUUCCCGACUACCCAUCAUGGUUCCUCCAAUUUGUGCUGCAGUGGUUGGAUGAAAAUGAGGAUGUAUCUGUUGAGUUUAUGCAUGGAGCCCUGGAAAGGGACAAAAAAGAUGGAUUCCAGCAGACAUCUGAGCAUGCUCUAUUCUCCUGCUCUGUGGUGGACAUCUUCACCCAGCUCAACCAGAGUUUUGAGAUCAUCAAGAAACUGGAAUGUCCUGACCCUAACGUCAUGGCUCAGUACAGUCGCCGCUUCUCCAAGACAAUUGCCAAAGUUCUUCUGCAGUACAGCGCCAUUCUGACCAAGAGUUUUCCUUCUUAUAUUGACAAGGAGAAGAUUCCGUGCGUUCUGAUGAACAAUGUGCAGCAGUUAAGAAUCCAGCUGGAGAAGAUGUUUGAGUCGAUGGGUGCCAAACAGAUGGAUACUGAGGCCAGCGACUUACUGAACGACCUGCAGGUGAAGCUGAACAACGUACUGGACGAGCUCAGCAGUACAUUCGGGAACAGCUUCCAGAGCCGCAUCAAUGAUUGCAUGCAACAGAUGGCGUCUCUGCUGUACCAGCUCAAAGGACCACUCAACGCCAAUAACAAAAACCAAGUGGAGGCCGACUCCGAUAAUAUGCUAAGGCCACUCAUGGAUUUCCUGGAUGGAAAGCUGACACUGUUUGCCACUGUAUGUGAGAAGACUGUACUGAAGCGUGUGCUCAAGGAGCUUUGGAGGAUUGUAAUGAGCAGCCUGGAGAAGACUAUUGUCCUGCCGCAGGGCAGCGAUACCUUUGGAGCACAGAUCCUCUCAGCUGCAAAAGAACUUGGUCAGCUCUCCAAACUCAAGGAUCACAUGGCAGGGGAGGCUAAAAGCCUGUCUCCCAGGCAGUGUGCUGUCAUGGAUGUGGCACUGGACACUAUUAAGCAAUACUUUCACGCAGGAGGCAAUGGGCUGAAGAAGGCAUUCCUGGAUAAAAGUCCUGAGCUGUCCUCCUUACGCCAUGCUCUGUCCCUCUACACUCAGACAACAGACACACUCAUCAAGACCUUUGUCACCACCCAGCAUGCACAAGGCUCAGGUGUGGACAAGCCAAUAGGUGAGGUGUCGAUCCAGAUUGAGCUGUACACUCAUCCUGGGAAUGGGGAGCGCAAAGUUACUGCCAAAGUCGUGGGAGCCAGUGACUUAAAAUGGCAGACAUCUGGCAUGUUCCGACCCUUUGUGGAGAUCACCAUGAUUGGUCCUCACCUUAGCGACAGAAAACGCAAAUUCCAGACCAAAUCCAAAAACAACAGCUGGUCUCCCAAGUUUAAUGAGACCUUCCACUUUGCUCUGGGUAACCAGGAUGGCUUUGAGUGCUACGAGCUGCAAGUCUGCGUCAAAGACUACUGUUUUGGCCGCGCUGACCGAGUGGUGGGCUUGGCUGUGAUACAAUUAAGAGACAUCAUAGAGAAGGGCAACUGCGCCUGCUGGUGCCCACUGGGACAGCGCAUCCACAUGGACGACACCGGCCUCACUGCCAUGCGAAUCCUCUCCCAGCGCUCCAACGACGACGUGGCCAAGGAGUUUGUGAGGCUGAAAUCAGAAACUCGAUCGGCUGAGGAGGGCAGAUGAGGAGAGCCUGAGACGGAGAGAGACAGGCCCUUCCAUCCAGAGGAAGGAUGGAAGGUCUUCUAAUUUCAGAAUAAGAUAAGGAUCUCAUGUGACAGUUUUGUCAAAAAGCAGAGACUCAUUUUCCAUAGCUUGCCAUGUAGACUCUUUCUUAGACCUUUGAUGUGUCUUAGCUGCUGUUGACUGUUUGGUGGGGCCUUGCCAGGCUCACUUACACAGUGUCACGUUCACACUCUGGGUUUGGACAAACACUUACUUUCCUCAAACACUCAUUAUUUACAGAGCUACUGUAUAGCACACAACCACACAGACACAGGCUCACUCAACCCUCACACUCACCAGCUGUUUCACCAGGCAGUGACCACUCAUUCAGUCAUCUAUUCAGUUUUUUUUUUUUUUUAAUUAUUAUUAUUAUUAUUAUUUUAACCCCCUCUCCUUAUGAACUGGAGAGGCAUAGUGCGCACGCCAUAGCCUCAAGGGAACAGAGGAUGUCAGGCCAAACAAGUUCCCACACCUUCCAAGUGUUGUUGUGCAAUAACCUCACCUAAACCCCUCAAACUGUGGCCAUGUGUGUGAUGCCUUACACUCUGCAAACUGUGAAUGUGUGAUUUAAAGAAGUCUUAUUGAAUGCCCUGCUCUGUCGCUCCACUGUGAUGGUCUGAGUAAAUGUGAAAAUACUGUUGUUUAUCUCAUACAGAGGUCUUUUGUUCGAUGAAUGAAUGACUGGUAGCUAGGAGACAGUCCUAGUCAAUUAUUGAAUAGAGUGCAAGAUAAGAAGAUGAAAUAUUUUACUGGCUAAUCAUGUACAACUAAUGCUUCAAAAAGAAGGUACUUAAAGUAAUAACCCUUGAUUUUACCCCUUCAUUUAAAGGAUUUCAGUUAAAUGUGUGCCUUGCCAUGUUAGGUUUCUAUUCUUUUUUUUUUUUACCCAAGAGAACCAAUAGUGAUAUGAUCAGUAUGUAACCUUUGUGGUAAAAUCAACAACAAUAUGAUUUCAGUCAAAACUGGAUGAGAUCAACCGUUUUGACAUUCACUGUGUAUGUUAAAGGAGAGCCCUGUUUUGGCCAUAUUUAUUUAUAAGCUCAAGUAACAACUCCACUAGUGUAACCAUGAUGGUGCAGCCAUUUUAUUUAUUUUUUUUUAUACGUAUUUAUUGUCGUCUUUGCUUUCCAAAUCUUGUGAUUUAAAAAUGUUGUUUACUGCUGGGAACAGGCAUGUUUGCCCAGCACAAUGUGUUGGAGAAUUUGCACAAUCUGAAUGAGCUGCUUCUGUAACGUCGUACAAGAUGAGUUAAACACCCUCUGAACGAAGUAACAACUUAGUGUUUGUCAUGAAAUUGAAAACAAAGCUGUUUCCUUAACUAACAAAAGAGGUAUCUUUUCGUAAUUCAUUUACAGUCAAGAAAUAUUGCAGGUUGAACUUUCAGGUAACAACUUUUUCUUCCAAAAAAAAUAAAAGGAUAUCUGAAUAUUUGGACACAAGCUCCUCAGCUGCUGAGUUGAUAAGGAGUGUAGAAUAAUUUCUGGUUUACAUUAUAUCUUCCUGCUCUGUUUUCUUCUACUCUUCCUAUGAGUGGCCUUACAUUGGUGAAAAAAACAAAAACAAAUUAAACUUGUGUAUCUUGGAAAUCCUUUUUUUAUUAUCUGUGUAUUUCCUUUGGCUCUCAGCAAAUGAGGAUUGGCCACUUUGUUGCCCACAAUGAUGUCAAAUGAGUUUUCCAAGUGAUGCUCCUUAUCAUUUUGUACUUUCUAUCUUUCAUGAUAUUUCAAAUGUUAGAACUAUAUCUAGACUGGGUUUUUUCUUUUGCGAUCUGUUAAUAUUUUGUGUCAUGUUUUGUAAAUGUGUUUCCUUAAUCCUCAUAGUUUGGGAUAAUGUCAAUGGCUGUGUUGUAAGAUAUGUUUGACAGAAAUAAUAUGCAGUGAGAUGUGUGCCAGUGAAUUUGUUCAUAACUGAUGGAGAAAUAUUAACAUGUUACACUUAAUGAAGGAUAAUAUGAGAACCUCAAUGUGUGCACAUUUUUAAAACCACUCACACUAGUACACAGUACACUAACCCUUGUGAAUAAUUUAUGUCAUUGGUUUAUGAGAGCAAAUGUUUCAUAGCCAUUCUGUAAUAUACAUGUUCCUUGUGCCAACUUGCAAGUGUUCACUUUUGAUCUUAUUUUUUAAAUUUGUGUAUUUUCUAAAUUUGUUAACCCUUGCACUAUCACACUAUCACUGCAUUAGUUAACAAGUAUAGUAUAUCAGUCACAGUAACUGCAUUUUUGUGGUGUUUUCUUUGUAUUGUCACUACUCUGAAAUGUUGUUGUCAUCAUGUAAACAUUCCGAUUAAUGAAUUUUGUAUAAAGUAUUUAAGAAGUAUCUAUAAA